AUGAGCCUCAUCAAGGAGCGGAAGCCCAAGAAGCCACACUACAUCCCCAGGCCCCCAGGGAAGCCCUUUAAGUACAAGUGCUUCCAGUGCCCCUUCACCUGCAACGAGAAGUCACACCUGUUCAACCACAUGAAGUACGGUCUGUGCAAGAACUCCAUCACUCUGGUGUCAGAGCAGGACCGCACACCCAAGUGCCCAAGGCCCAGCUCUGUGGACCCGAAGCCCGUGAGCCAGCCAGGUGCUGCGGCCAGGCCCGCUGCCUCCAGGACAGCCCCCAGCACGCUCCCGAACCUCGAGCCCAAGCUUCAGCAUGGCUUUGCCAAGGAAGACAUCAAAGACAACCUGGGGCCGCACACACGUGCAGCCCACAAGCCACUGGCACAGAAGCCGGCCCUGCACAAGGACGUGGUACCGCAGAGCCCGGUCCCCGACGCCAGCACCCAGCCUGUCCUCGAGGGCGUCAGCCGGCCAUCAGCCUUCAUUCCUGUCGGGGAGCACCGACUGAAGCGGCCAGAGCACACCGAGGUCCCCGAGAUGCUAGCCCUGCCCAGCCCCACUGCCAAGGCUGCCUCCUUCCACACCAAGUCUGCAUUCCACGCACCCAGCUACCCCUGGAAGGCGGGGUCACCCUUCCUCCCAUCCACAAAAGGCUUCAGCCCCAUCUCCCCUUACGUGCAGCCCCCCCUCCCAGAGUACCACCCCCACUUCUACACGGAGCACGGACUGGCCACCAUCUACUCCCCCUACCUGCUGCCCAGCACCCCACCUGAGGGUGACAGCCCCCUGCUGCCAGUCUACGGGGCCCAGGACCAGAGACAUUUCCUCCCACACCCCGGGCCAGUCCCCAAGCACCUUGGCACAGCCCCGUCCACAUAUGACCACUACAGGUUUUUCCAGCAGUACCACGCCAGUCUGCCCCUCCCCUACGGCUUUUACCGGCCCGACUCUACCUUCUCCUCCUAUGGCCUCAAGCACCCACAUGCAGCUGGAAUCACACGAGACCACGGUGCCCACCUGCUAGAGGAGACCACCUUGGUGUACCCAGCCCUGAGUCCAUCCAAGUUAACCCUGCUGAGCUCCCACAAGAAGCACGCAGAGUUUGAGAAGGAAAGCCCAAGUCCCCAAGCCAAGGAGGACCCCAAAGAUGGGCAGAGGGAAGCAGAGGGAGCCAAGAUGAGCCCCCGGGCAGGCAGUGCUGCCACCGGCUCCCCGGGAAGGCCAAGCCCCACCAACUUCACACAGACAAGCCACACAUGCGAGGGCCUGUGUGACCUCUCGAGCAAGUCAGGCCCCAGCCCCCUGGAGAGGCUGCACCCACCAGAGCACACCCUCACGACCUUCAAGCCCAUGCAGAAGGGUACAGACUGCCCAAGCUCAAGGGCACCGGAGGACGAAGCCGAGUCUGCAGGAAGCCUCGAGGUGACAAACGAAGACCCCCUCUCCCAGAGCAUGGAGGCCCCACUUCCCAGCCCACAGGACGGCUCCAGUACAGCCCCACUGAACCUCUCCAAGAAGCCAGAGACGAAGCCGGCAGCAGGAGCCCACAGACACGUUCACAGAGGCCCAGCAGCCAUGGGUGAGCAGGACUUCUCUGAACUACAGGAUGCGCCCCUGAACCUCUCCGUGAGGGACGCCUGCAACACCCUGAUGCCACAGCCGUCCUUCCACAGGCCUCUGCAGGAGGCAGGGUCCACCACCACUCAGACCACAGACAGCCCCCAGGAAGGCCCACUGCACGGCCAGACAGAAGUGCCCACCGCACGGGCUCCAGGAGGGCGGACUUCAGUCGAACGUGUGGUUGACAGCAGCGAGGAACAGAAGCAAACAGCUGCAGUGGCCCUCUGCCAGCUGGCUGCCUACAGCCCAGGGAAGGCCAGAACAGAAGGUGAGGAGCACGACACCCAGGGGUCCCCCACUGAGCAGGACGUACCCAUGCUCAGCACCACAGAGAGCCGGGACGUCCAGAGCAGUGCACUCAAGCCCAAAGCACAAAAGAGGCCAGGCCAGAAGGACUCGGGGAGGGCCCAGCCAGGAACAAAGAAAGGCAAGCCCAGCGACACAGCCAGAGUGCUCACGCUGCGGAGAAGGACCCGGUGCCUAAAUGCCUGA